GACCCCCCCCCCCCGCCGUGUGAGAUGGGGCUUUCCGUAAAGGCUGGCCGGAAGCCAGGUGCCUCCCACGGUUAGAUCAUGGCUGCCCCAAGCUGUUACGCGAUUUGUGCCUAAUGAGAAGCCCCGCCGCUCCGGACAUGCAAAGACUGAGCAGCCCCGGGUCACUCCGGUGUAUCACUGGCAAUCAGGCGGGACAUGCACGCCCUGCUGUCUGCCGAGUUUGAUGAAGGGGGCCCCGUCCCGAGCAGGCUGGGGCCUCUGAGCGAGAGUGAUACAGACACGGGCCUGUCUUGGACACAGCGAACCCGGCAGCAAGUUCGGGACUGCCCUAGUCUCACGUUGGUACUACAGGAGCCGGUACCGGUGUUGGUGCUGGCUGUGCUGCGCUAUUUAGGGCCACCCGGAAGACGGCACACGUUCUGCUAUGAUGUGUAUCUGUGGGACGGGGCCCAGGGGGAUGUCUGGCAUCUGCACUCAGACCUCAACUAUCUGGUCCAGCGCAAUAUUCUGCGCAGCGGGGCCCGGGUCACAAUCAGCCGCUGCUCCUACAUGUACAGUGAGAAGAGCCUGGACAGAGGCCUAGUGUGUGUGGAGGAGCUGCUGGUUAGCGGGGAACUGACUGCGCUGCCUAAUGCACAGCAUCUUCCUGCAGCCGGACAGCUACCACUGCUUGGUGGGAGGAAACAUUAUCUGCCCCUCUGGAAUAACGAAGACCCCUAUGGAGACACAUGGAACGGUCCUAAAUUGGCAGAAGAUCAAGUCAGUAUUGAUGUGAGCAAAGUCAGCUCGUUACAGCGUCUGGAAGUGCAAUGGAGGACAAGAAGGUCAUUGCCCCCAUUGCUGGUACGAAUUAUGUACAAAUCCAGACUUCGUUAUUUUGGGAAGCCGGAUAAGAAAAUUGACAUUCCAUAUCAAGCCUAUUUCGAGGUUGCUGAUUACUCAGGAAUGAUGUCAAUGGUUUUGUGGAAUGAACUGUGUCCAGAAUGGUAUAAUACUCUGCAGGUUGGCAGUGUAAUUUUGCUUCAGCAAUACUCUGUCAAACCGAGUUACCAGAACAGGACACUUCCAACUCCAGGGGACUCGCAGGUGAAGAGGCUGCCUUCUGUAGAAAUAAGCCUAAAUGCCCGAGAUCCUCCUUCCACUAUUACUGUUAUCAAGGAGAAGCUUGUUAAGCCUGAGUGGAGACUACCGGAUGUGAAAUAUCAGUUUGUCACAAGAUUGGAACUUAAUGAUCUUCCGCAUAACAAAGUCUGUGAUGUGAUCGGUCUUGUCACAUAUGUUGGAAGAUGUGAACGGAAAAGACAGAAAGAUGACAGAGAAGAUUUUUGGGUACAUCGCUGGGUUCAAAUGAUUGACUCAAGUAUGGACCAGCCAUUCCUUAUUGAAAUGUUUGCCACUUCACAACCUGACAUAUUUGAACAUAUACACCCAAUGUCUUAUUUGGUGUGUACGCAAAUGAGAGUGGUUCGAGAAAGUCCAGAUGAUGGCUCUUUGACUCCAUAUCUCACAACAUCUAAUGAAAGCCAGGUAUUCAUCUCUGGGUAUCACAAAGGCCAGCCGUACACCAGGGAUCUCAAAGUGAAACAUUUUAUAAACUGGAUGAAAUCACAGAGUGAAGCUGAUUUUGGGAAGAAAACCGUAAUGGGUGGUUAUCAACCAUAUCCAAUAACUCCAAAAACCUUCCCAAAGUAUUGCAAAGAUAAUACAGCUGGGGAAAUUCUAAAGUUAUUCAGUGAAUUAAAGGAAACCAUUUCACAGCUUCACUACAGAGAGCGCAAACGUGUUGCAAUUCAGGGCACUAUUGCUGCUAUAAAGUAUGUACACUGCAAUGGUUGUGCUGAAGAUACCUCUAAACAUGCCUGUCAGCAUGCAGUGCUGCUUCCUGGAACUUUGCUGGAAAGUUCUGCAUCCAUUUCAAGUGAAGGAGCUUUAGAGAUGCAGCAAAAGACCCAGCUAGUACAGGAAGAAUUCCCUGAUGCCCAGCUGCAACUAAGAGAAGAGAAACAAUCAUCAAAUGACGAAAUUAAUCAUCUGAGCCCAGUAAAAAGAAGGAAAACACAUCAACUUGAAAUCAACCAUUCUUUUCAGGACAUAAUACAAGAUCAAGAAAAGACAGCUCAGGAACCUCAGUCCACCAAAGGUACCGAAUACCACAGAUUCUCCUGGGAAAGCAGUCUAUGGACAGAAGUGAAGCAUUCCAUAGAAGAACACUUACAUUAUUCCAAUGUAUACUCAGAAAGUCGUCCCCGCAAAUUUGAUUACACUCAAAAGGAAAUCCUUAUGGAGCAAUAUAAUCUUCAUCCGGCCAAAAUCUCAAAAUUGAAUCACCCACAAAAGCAAAUUGAGGAGUUUAAACCUGCCAGUGAUCUUGGUCACUUUGAAUUGACUAUACUUGGUGUAAAUCGAAAGGCGGCAAUAGAUGUUGUGUCUUUGCCAGUUUUGUGCUCCGAUGACUCGUAUGGAUUGGGCAUGAAAUUUCUUGCCCAUAAUUGCCAGAAAGCUUGUGCUUCUGAUAAUUUAUGUGAGAACAUAGAACAUGGGAUUUCACUUCAUGGUGAUGUUUUGCAAUUUGUGAAUGCCAAGGACAGAGUGCGUGUCAUUUGCAUCUUGGAUAUCUGUCACCUGGGAGAGAACAAAACUGAAGUUUACCUCAACAGAGUUUAUCACCUCACUAGUACUGAAACGGAACCAGCUUCAUGAUACUGGUUUAUUUAAAGCACAUUGUCAGAACAUCCUGAUGAUUAAUUUAUAAGAUGCAAUUUAUUGUGUUUUUCAUUUUUACAUGUAAAUAAAAUACUUUUUUAAAAUA